AACCAGGGAGAGGAGGUACUGAAGACCAACUAAACUAGCUGCAUCAGCCCAAGGCGUCCUGGAGGAGCAUACAGAACUCCAAGGAAGGAGUAGAAUAAGUAGCAGUCAGAGGAACCAGACUCGGGGGCAUUCCUAAGAGGCAGUGGCCGGGUUUAACAUGGAUCGCUAAAAGCACCUCCUCCUAUGAUCUGGAUGGUCAGGGAGACUUGGCUUCUCUGAGUCUCCUCCAGGACACAGAUUCACAGAGUUCACGCCAGGGAUUGCCACUGACAGAGAGUCUGGAAAUGGCAAAAUCUUAUGUGAAACCCAAGGAGAUGACAGAGUUGGUCAACACACCAUCUUGGAUGGACAAAGGUCCGGCUUCUCAGAAUGAGAUAAAGGAGGAGGAGAGAAGACCAGCUGCUUAUGGGAUGCCUGGCAGCUUAGCUGAAGAGCAUGACAGUAUUGAGGAGGAAGAAGAGGAGGAAGAAGAUGGGGAGAAGCCUAAGAGAAGAGGUCCCAAGAAAAAGAAGAUGACGAAAGCUCGCCUUGAGAGAUUCAGGGCUCGAAGAGUCAAGGCUAAUGCUAGGGAACGGACCCGGAUGCACGGCCUGAACGAUGCCCUGGACAACCUGAGGAGGGUCAUGCCGUGCUACUCUAAGACCCAAAAGCUCUCCAAGAUAGAGACUCUUAGACUGGCCAGGAACUAUAUUUGGGCGUUGUCUGAGGUCCUAGAAACUGGACAGACACCUGAAGGGAAGGGCUUUGUGGAGAUGCUCUGUAAAGGGCUCUCUCAGCCCACAAGCAACCUGGUGGCUGGAUGCCUCCAGUUGGGCUCUCAGUCUGUUCUCCUGGAGAAGUGUGAGGAGAAGUCUCCUAUUUGUGACUCUGCCAUCUCUGUCCACAACUUCAACUAUCAGUCUCCUGGGCUCCCCAGCCCUCCUUAUGGCCAUAUGGAAACACAUCUUAUUAAUCUCAAACCCCCAGUAUUCAAGAGUUUGGGAGAAUCAUCCUUUGGGAGCCACCCACCUGACUGCGGUACACCACCUUAUGAGGGCCCACUUACUCCACCCCUGAGCAUCAGUGGGAACUUCUCCUUGAAGCAAGAUGCCUCCCCUGACCUGGAUAAAUCCUACAGUUUCAUGCCACAUUACCCCUCUGCUAGUCUAAGCUCAGGGCAUGUACAUUCAACUCCCUUUCAGGCUGGUACACCCCGCUAUGAUGUUCCCAUAGAUAUGUCCUAUGAUUCCUACCCCCAUCAUGGCAUUGGGGCCCAACUCAAUACAAUCUUCACUGAUUAGGGCAGUCAGACCAGCAUUUCAGAGGAAGAUGUGGAGACAUUUCCCAUAACUCAAGUGGUUGAGCUGAAGACUCAGUGACCUUAACGGAACCCUACAGAUACAUAUCAAACAAACAUAUCAAACAAAAUAGUCCCAGUCUGUUUAUACCUUCUUACACCUGUCUCUCUUUUCUCAUCAACUUCUCAUAUUGUAUUGAUUCCUUUAUUUAGGGUCUUAAAGUGAAAUUAUAUGACUCUUUACAAUCAUGUGAAAAUAGAACAGAAGCCCUGGAUCCUAUCUUAGUGGUGCCAAAAACUCACUGAAUGAUCUAUGCCAAUUAAUUUUUCAUUUCUGGCCUCUGUUUACUUACUGGUAAAAUCAGUCAAUUGUUCUAAGUCUAGAUAAUUUCUAAAGUCCUUCAUAGUUCUGAAAUUCUGUGACUUUGCUGAUCACUCCUAUAAACUUCUUGAAAGUAGAAGGAUUGAGGAGUAAUAGGAAAUGGACACCGUGCGUGGAAUGAUCAAAUGGAAUUGCCAAUGCGUGUCUCUCGGGGACCUGAUGAUAGGACUUCUUUGCAUUUGUCUAAAAAUAGCUUCCAGAGGCUAACAUUCUAACUUGGCUGUCACUGUGAAUAAUGUUCUUUAAGAGAUUAGCUCUAUUUCUUGUUGGGCUGAAAGCUGAACAUAUCUUCCAUAGUAAUUUGAGAACCAUAAUAGCGAUCUCAUACCAACUUGAUUCUUGAUGACAUUUCAAAAGCACUUUUCUCAGUACUAGAGGUGGGGCAAGCAAGUCACUGAAACCUCAGACUCCUACAACCAAUGGGACUUGGAGAAGUCAUCUAGACCAUUUCAUGGUUUUCGUAACCUGAGGGCCCUGGAAAUUCUGAUGAAGCUCAGGUACUGCUAUUGGAAUCAGCAAACAACCCAGGCCACAUUCAAGAGCAAUAAAAUGGCUGCUGGAUACUACCUAACCAUCGUUUGGGGACUCUCUCCAGCUCACACCCGCCCAUGGGAAAACCACUAGGUUUUCUUUGGCAAGAUGAAUUUCAUUUGGUUAAGGAAAAAAUGGUUAAAACCACUAGCUUUUGUCCACACAUAUAUUCUAGAAGCACAAGCACCAAUCGAUUUAUUGACCAAACUUGAGUUUUUCCAACAUACAUAUAGUUCUUUUGUCUCAUUCCCACUAAUUGUUACCUCUUCCUCACUUCUAAAAUAUGUUAUUACAUAUUGUAGAUAACAUUUCAAGUGACCAGACUUAGGGAUGCAGAAAUCAAAUCCAAGGUCAGUGAAUGCUUCUACCAAUUUAUGUCUUCACCACAGGUUUAUCCUGAUUUGCAGGAUGUUUAUUUUUCUUCAUGUAACUCUUCUUUCCUUUAUAUCAGCAGUAAUUUUGUCAAGUUUAUUUUUUUCCAGAGAAAUGUGAUCUGAGAAAUUUCACUGUCCUGUUCAGUCCGCCAGGACAAUUAUUGAAAGCAAACCAAAAGCUUCAAUGGUUUACGUGAUAGUGGAUCACAUCCUGCCGCUGCCAGAGAGGAUAAGUUUAGGAAGCAGGCAGGGUACACAAAUAGGGCCAACGAAUAAAAUUGAUAAGGCAGAUUAGUAUGCCAUUUUCUACAGCUUAGCUACCCCCUAAAACCUGCCAAACUAUUUGUGUAUCUUGACUUUCUUUACCCUCUUAUUAUCUCCUUACAGUCUAAGUCAUUUUCUUUCCGUUUUGCUGGCAGCAGUAAUCCUACUGUUUUUGUACCCUUGGUUUGUAAAUCCACUUGAAAGUAUCCUUGCAGAGAGCUCUUAAACCCCAUCAGCCACCAAAGUGGUUCCCCUCACCACGAUUUGCCCUAGAGGGAAUAGACAAGUAAAAUGAUUUAUAAAGCCAUCCUAUGUGCUUUCCGAGUCUAUACUGACACUUACCUUCCUGAGAGGCUAUGGGGGGAUCUAUCCUUGAAGCUAGCAUUUUGUGGCAUUUAAGUUUGUAGAUAAUGAAUCUUAUCUGAAUUAUUUAUUAGUUAUUAUUUAUUUAAUUUAUUUCUCCAUUCCAUGCAAAUUCCUUGGGUUCUAAACAUGUGCUUGCAAACCCACCCUAAGACUUCAUUUGGAAAGUAGCUCAUAAUUUUGCUAGAAAUUCCCGAGUUUGGGGGUGAGGGCAAAGGAGGAAGUUAGUGCAGAGUUACCUGUAAGAAUUUCAUAAAAAGCAGCAAUAACUUGAAUGGCUAUGCAAGGUACUAUUUUUAGACUUUUUUUCCUUCACUCUAAGAUGAGCCAGUUAUUUUUUGGGAAUCUGUUGUUUAUGCUUUUGGGGAGUAUGGUACCCAUGAACCAGUGUGGGAUUGUUCAGAGAGACUUUAUAAUUGAAUAAAAUUUGGAAAUGCAGUGUAAUUGGAAAGAACCUACUCUCCAACCCCGGACGGUCUUUUUCUUCUGGGGACUUUACCCGAUAAUGCAAAGCAAUUGCUUAAACAUUUUGUAAAAAAAAGUUUUUCCUCUUUUCCUAGCAGAAAUAAAGCUGUGAGUCUUCUUAGACAUUGUGUUGCAUUGUCAAUCUUAAAAGUU